AUGACCGUGGAGCAGAUUCGACAAGAAUACGUCAAAGAAAAAGCGCCACACAAGGAAAUACUCGAGUAAAGCAAAGGAAACGAAAAAAAUUGUCUUGCUAUUCACUUUCCAGGACCAUCUUUGGCAGCGUUAACCAUCCGCUUUUGGCAACAUUAAUGAGUAAUUCGAAAUUUAUGGAAAAUGGAUAUGCACACGAGAAAAUGUUCCUUGGUAUGCAGCCCAUCUUUGAGCAUGUGAGUGGUCAUUUUAGGGUUUCUUGCGGUGCAGAAAGCGAGGUUUUUGAUUUAAAAAAAAUCAGUCUUGCAAUAAGUUCUCUGUAAAGAAUAGUUUUUUGAAAAUUUUUCUACUUUUUAGACCUCUAGGGACCACUCGAAAAUCUUCUACAUCUUUUGAGAGAGACCAUUUUUUGAUUGAUAUUAUGUUCAUAUUGAAAAAAGUCUCAGAAGGCGGUGGAGUUGUCACUUGAGGGGUCAUUUUGAAAGGUUCUGAAUUUAUAGUGAUUUUUUACUUUAACAACGAAAGCAGGAUUCCCCAGGAAAUGGGAAACUUAACCCUCAAGUGGCCUCUUCAAUUUUUCGAGAGGUAUAAGUUCAAACGGCUUGGGAAGCCCUCAGAAAGUCGCUGGUCAUCGAAAAAGGGUCCUGACGCGAUAAGAAAAGAGAGAGUGCCUGGUUAAUGGAGAGCGCAGACCCAAGUUAGCCAUGACGUCAUUCGAAAGCGCUCUGUGGGUGGCUCGCUCUCUGAUUGGUUUAUCGCGCUAUUGGGGGCGGGGCUUGAGCGACGACUUGACAUCCAAAAUCUAAACAGACUCCUUCAACAAUACCAAGAGCUCGAACUAAAAAUUUCCGAAAAUGCCCUUUCCCUUCUCGAAACAGUUGAAUAAUCUCAUUUCCCAGUCGAUACCACCGGACGUAUAUGCGAACUACGCGGAAGAGGCGACGGGCCGCGAACCGACCGAAGAAGCGGCUCUUCUACCCGUCCUGGACUUGGAAAGGUCGCAGACGAGAAGUGCCAAGAAAGCCCGACACAAGCCGAGUCUCGUCCGGCGGAUCGCCUCUCGUCUCAGAAGCGCUCCCAGCUCGGAGCGCUGA